CCCCCAAUGACAGAAGAUUGAUAGUCCGCCUGCUGUCUGCCGCAGUGGUGGGUUGUGUUAUCGUGCGAGCGUAUUAUUUCUUACAAUUUAUUGUAAUUUGGGCGUAUUGUAUUAAUUGUUAAGUGAAUAUAACAAAAAUAAAAAGUAUUUUAUGAAUACACAAAGUCUGUGACUAAAAAACAAAGUGACAUAUUCAUAACUGUUGUUGAAAAUAGGCAAUGCAGUGUUUGCUAUCGAGUAGAUUUUUUUAAAAAGUUGUCGUUUAUUUACUCUGCAAUGGGAAAAUUAUUGAGUCUUUUGUCUCGGGAUGACUCGAAUUGUUGUUCAUCGCCGCGGUAUGAUAUAUUUUUGGAUUUUGAGAACGCCGCGCCCACAGACACUGAACGCGAUGUUUAUGAAGAGGUGCAAAGGGUGCUGCUUGACUCAGAGAAAAUACUCGAGGAGAUACAGUGUUACAAGGGAGCGGGGAAAGAGAUACGAGAAGCUAUAGCGGACCCAUCGAGGAUAUCACAGGAGCGAGCCUGGCGCGCCGUGCGUCCACUCGUGGACAAACUCCUGCGCUGCUACAAUCACUCUCUGCAACUACAGCGGGUAGUCCCACGGUUACUGGGCUCGCUAGUGGGCGGGGCGAUGAGUCCCACGCAGCACCUUGAACAACAGCAAGCUCUCGUCAAACAGUUCGCAGAAAUUUUAGAAUUUGUGCUCAAAUUCGAUGAAUAUAAAAUGAAGACACCAGCGAUACAAAACGACUUUAGUUACUACAGACGAAGCGUGUCGAGAGGCGGGCUGAUUAACGCUGAGCUACCUCCUGGAGAGGAGCCUCACAUAACGGCAGAGGUCGCCAACAGAAUGUCCCUCUUCUACGCACAAGCCACACCGAUGUUAAAGGUGCUAUCAGAAGCCACCAGCCAGUUCGUGAAUGAUAACCAGCAAGACUUGGAAAAUACGACGGAAACCCUCAGCACUAUGGCUAAAGUCUGCCUCAGGAUGUUGGAGAACCCGAAAUUGGUAGCUCAGUUUAGUCGCGAAGAGACGUCGCUGCUAGUUCUGCGCGUGAUGGUCGGACUCAUCAUCCUGUACGACUGGGUCCACCCGUCCGGUGCCUUCUGCCGCUCCUCGUCUGUGGACGUGAAGGGAUGCGUCAAGUUCCUGCAGCAGCAGCCCCCCACUAAGGCGGAGCCCCUGCUGAACGCGCUGAGGUAUACGACGAAACAUUUGAACCACCAGUCGACGCCGAAGAACAUCAGAACGCUGCUGGCUGCGUGAGGACAGCACUCGAGCCUUGCAUGUUGCUGUGGGGAAUGAUGCGACAAUAAUUACCUGUGGGGAUACCUCGUUGGCACGCCUUUAUUUUGCUCCUUAGCGAUACAUACCUUAGUAUACGUCUAACACCGUCUCUCAUCGCUACACUUUGAACGUCGAAUGACGAUGGACCACGACAUAACGAACGUUUAAUGUAAUACAUAAGAUUUCCAUUGUAACAUAGAUAGGGGUAACUGUAUCUAUAUCUGACGAGGCAGUCGCUAAUAAUUCCUGAGAAAUAAGAAAAUCAUAUCAUUGUGAGAUAUGGUCAUACACUGUGGCACUUGGAUGAGAGAAUGUUACGUGUCGUCUAAAUAUUGUUCUAUCUUAUAAUUCCUACGGGUGAACAAUAAUAUAAGAACCUGUAUUUUAUUAUUAUCUACGGUUUCAAUUAACUCUUACUAAAUUCGGAAACGUUAAUAGAUAUUAAAAUUUAAUGUAUCUAUCAAAAUUAUAUUUUCCUUACGUUAUGUAGUUAGCUUGCUUUAAAAGCAAAAAUGUGAAAUGUUAUAAUAUUGAGAAGCUAUCCCUACACUCCCACGUUCAUGCAAGGUUUCACUGGACCCUCUUCGUCUCUACAGAAGUCUAGCUGCCAGUCGCAACUCGUAAGUUAGCUUAUAAACUAUCAUAGGAAGGCUUAGACACCUCUAACGUAUAAUGUAAUGAAAAUGAGUAUUAUUUACAUUUAUUCUACGAUAUAAAACUGCCUUGGAUCAUAUUGAUUGGUUACCACACAAUUUAUUAGUGCAAUUCAUUCGAGAAUUUAUUGUUAUUGUUUAGAUGAGUACCUUGGCGUAUCCUUUCUAAUAAUGCACCUGAGUAUCGCAGAAUGCUAACAUUUGAUUUAUAUUGUGAAGUUGAUAUAACGUUAUUAGGUAGGUAAUUAGUCAUUGUAUUAUGUAUUUUCCUUGAUACUUAGGUGAAAAGGAUAUGAUUGCUAGAUGUACUCAACAAACAUUUGGUCCCAGUGUUGGGUGGUAUUAAUAGAUAUUGUAAAUUUUGUAUACUUAGCACAAAUUUUAUUGUUACGCACAUCUCCGUACUUGGAGGGCAACCUGCGUAUGUAUUCGGUUCCAAAGAUUUAUUCAGAACGUUAAUAACUAUCUACUUAUUUCGCUCACUACAUAAUUCGUGCGAUGUAUUAUUUUUUAAAAGACUGAGAUAGACACUCGCGAAUAUUUCAUUGAGUUUCUCGUUGAUACAGUUCCAUUUCUUUUAAUUAAGAAACCAGAAAUGUAUGAAUCAUGAUAUGCCUUAAUGAAUGAAAGAAAUGGGCGUACCUUAAACAGAUAUGAGUAACUACAUGCCUUUUCUAAAAUUAUUAUAAAAUGUUAAGUAUGUCGUGUUAACAAUGUUGAAUUUAUGCAUGUACCACUGCCUUGAUGUUAACUAACAUAAUAAUUUUAAAUUGAAAUUUAUAGGAAUAAUGUACCUAAUAUGAUUCACUAUUUGAUGUAUAAACUCAUAUGUAAGUAUAACGAUUAAGCGUGUAUUGUUUAUUUACAAGUUUAUAAGUAUUUACAUCAUUAUCCCAGUUUAGUUUGACUGGCUAGGCAGAGUGCUGGAACGAGAUACACUAUAUUUUUUAAUUAUAUUUAAAGCCGCUGAUUACGCUCAAUUGCAUGUCGAAUUAAUUCUACGUAAAUAAGAUCUCGAUCUAUUGAUCAGAUUGAAAUUUGUGUUUAAUCAACUCCGAGAUAAGUACGCAAA